AUGCUAAAACGACCAAAGACGAUAAGUUCGUCUGCAGGGGUGCAGCGAAAACCGAAGCUCAAGCCACAGAAAGCUCGCAAGAUUAUACGACGUUUCCAUGUUUUGCAGAAAAACAAGACGGCUCUUUUGAGAAUCCUAGACCUUGAUGAGUCGGACUACAAGGAGAAACUAGGAUCGGUGUACGCUAAGGAGUUUGAGACAUUCAAGCUUCCAAAGAAGCCCGAGCUCUUCAAGUUCGAUAAUACCACAUCCAGAUCUGAAAUUGCCAAGAUGCUAGGCCGCAUUGACAAGGAGGUUGAACUAAGAGGAGGACUCCAUAUAUACCAGAUGGCUUCUACUGUGGGGCAGGCUUCUGAACGAGGAGGUGACUCUUCAAAGAAACUAGUUGAAUGGUACAAGGAUCUCGGACGAACGGCUGCAAAGAGCUUGGAAAUCGGGUGUCUCAGUCCCAAUAACCAGAUCUCAACCAGUGGGUUGUUUGGAGAAGUCACGAGAAUUGACUUGAACUCUCAGGAUCCAAAGAUUCUCCAGCAGGAUUUCAUGGAAAGGCCGCUACCUGUGGAUGAUACAGACCGCUUUGAUCUCAUACUGUGUUCUCUCGUGUUGAACUUUGUUCCUUCUGCUGAAAAGAGAGGUGAGAUGUUGAAGAGGAUGGCUCAAUUUUUGCUUCCUGUUAGUGAAACACCCCUGAGUGUUUUCAUGGUUUUGCCGUUGCCGUGUGUGUCGAAUUCUCGGUAUAUGAGCCGGGAGUUGUUUUUGGAAGUUAUGGGAAAAGUGGGUUUUUCUCAAGUGAAGUAUCACGAAGCCAACAAGGUGGCAUACUGGCUCUUCGACUGGAACGGGAAGAAGCCAAGGACUGGAAAAAAGGAGAAGAAGAAGGAGAUUCUUCCGGGUGCAACGAGAAACAACUUUUACAUCUCCCUAGGGUGA